AUGAUUUCAAAGUACAAUAUAUUACUUGUAUCAAUUGUUCUUGUGGCAAUUUUGUGUUGUUGGGCAACAACACGUGUCGAUGAACAGUUGAUUGACGAAAAGAGAAAUAUUUCAAUGACGACAGAUGACAAAGAUGAUCAUGUUAGAAGAAAUGGAAAAUAUUUUAAUUAUCUUCGUCUUCCAGAUGUUCAAUGUCAUAAUUGUUCCACAUACAAAUGUACCAAUCAUAAGUCAAAUAUGGGUGGUUCAGAAUGGUUUAUUAUGUUAUUUCCUGAUGCUCUUGCUCAUUGUGAUUCUGAUCCAGAUUGUGGUAGAUAUAAGGCGCAGGCAAUUUAAAUUUCAACCAAAAUUUUUUUCGCGUUUUUUUACGUCAUUUGAUAGAGCUUAAGCUGCUGAUCACGAAAAUCUAAUUUUUAGUCUUAUCAAAUGCUUCCUUCCGGUCGAAAAAUACGAAAUACUCGAAAGAUAUCGAUUUUCGAGAAAAACACAUCAUUUCUUGAAAUGUGUAAAAUUUUCUACUUUAUUCUUUUCCUUUGCUUCUGAAAAUAAUUUUUUCAGAUUCAGCAUCAAAAACUGAAUAGGAAAAACUUCUUAAAUCAACUCUGGACUAAAACCUCUAUCGGUGGUGGCGCUUCAAAUUGGGUGGAAUGCACCACCUAUAGGUCGAUUUUGUAAACCUAUCUAGUUUUUCUCCGUAAGUGUUGUAACCAAAUAUUUUAUCUCAUUCGACUCAUCGUACCACCAGGCAAAAAGUUACGUAUCCCUUUUUUUUCUUUCCUUUUCUACGUUGAGAUAAGUCGUAUUUAUGGAUAUGAUAGGAUAAGAGGGAAGGUCAUUCUUACAUAAAAUGGCUAUUUUUUAGCCAAACCAAGUCAAAAUCGAUUCGAAUAGGUAAAAAUCGAUGGCAAAUCGAAUGAAGAUACUUUCUAGAUCUUUAGAGGAUUCCAAAAGAGUCUCUAGAAAUCCUCACCUGGAAAUAACAUGUUUUUGUGAUAUUAUUGGAUAUUUUAUGAUCUUUAAUGAAUAGAUUAAUCACUCUUUAUGCUUGGUUAUAUAAUAUGUUGGGAGACAUGCAGAAUAAAAGUAUUGAAAUGGAAAACAUAUGUCUAUUAAUCUUCGCUUAUGUUUUUAUUUGAUAUCGUAUGAUGUGAUUGAACUGAUGUUUUGCCAAGUUGACUGAUGAACAGUUCUAAUACAUCAGCAUAUAUUUGGCCUUCAGAAUAUACUUUGAUUGAACGCCAAGAACGCUGAAAUAAUUUUAAUGCGAUAUUUCGUUCAACAAAAUGUAUACGAGAAUCCGCUAUUAAUUUGAUCAUUUUUUCAAAACUUUGAUCUGUGUACGAACGAACAAUUGCUUUUUGAUUGCGCCAAAGAUCUUCCAUUGCGUUUAGUUCACAAUGAUAUUUAGGGCAGUAUAUAAUCUUAACAUUAUAUUUGCUCGCUAGCAUAUCAAGCUUUGUAACCUACACAAUAGAGUAAAUUAUAUAGGAUGAAAUAUAUUUCAAAAUAUGGAAUGCCUAGGUGGAAAAAUCUUACAAAGAUCGCAUAAGAUCCUACAAGAUCUUACCGACAAUUGGACGUCGCAAUAUUCAUACUGUAUGAUCUUACAGAAUCGUAUAAAUAUCUUACUGUAAGAUUUGAUAUGUUUCUUACUGUAAGAUGCUAUUACAAAUCUUAUAUGAUUCUUGCUGUAAGAUUCCUGCAAAAUCUGACGAUCAGAAUCUUAUAAGAUAUUGUAUGAUCUUGUAAGAUCAUAAUUUAGAUUUUUCUUGUGCAAGUAUAUUUUUUUAUAGCCAUACAGUUUAUGAGUUUAAAUAAUUAUUUAAGAAUUGAAUGUGUUCUAAUUAAAACUCACGUCUUUUUGAAUUAAAAAUACAUCUUUGAGUGGUGCUUUUCUCUCUGAAAAUCAAAUCACUAAUCGUACUCAUUCGAUUUAAACAAACUUAUUGUUGGUUAAGGGAGAUAUCUCACUAAUUGGUUUAGUUAUUUACGCUCAUAGAAAAAAGGCGUUCUCCAUAUUUUUGUCUAGAUAUACAAUUAAGUAUUAUCUUUUUUUAUUUUUUGAUGAAAUUGUUCAAAAUUAUCUCACUAUAACUCUUCAACAUAGAGUACCACUGACAUGAUAAUGGUCACAAUCGAUCAUAUAAAGAGGCGGGAAACCGUC